UUGAUUGUUAUUCUGUUGCGGUUAAACGAAUGCAUUAUACAAAGUCUUACAUAAGUGUGCGAUAACUUGUGACCUUCAAACAAAGAUUAGCAUUUCGAGGUCUCUUCUCAAUUGAAAUCUUCCCCGGUCGUAUUGCAUUACACUACGAUCCUGUGGACCAUCAUUUGACUGUACGUAUUGCAAACACACGCUUUAGUGCCAUGAAGAGUUUAGUUAAUUCGUUCAAUGAUGCCGUUACGGAGACUCUUUCUGGAUUAUCGUAUACAUAUCCUCAACUUGAGUAUCAAAAGUCGCAUCAGGUCUUCCUAAUGCCGAAUCUCGAAGAUCGAGGGAAUAAAGUGUCUCUUAUAUGCGGUGGUGGAAGUGGACACGAACCGUUCGCAGCGGGUUUCGUUGGUAUUGGAAUGCUGACUGCAUCGGUAGCAGGUUCCAUAUUCGCUGCACCUCCCUCGCAACACAUUUCCUAUUGCAUCGAACGUCUUUCCCGACAUAGUCAAGCUGGCAUAUUAGUAAUCAUUCCAAAUUACACUGGCGAUUGCCUUAAUUUUGGCAUAGCUGUUGAAAAGGCAAAGCAAAAUGGUUUGAAGGUGUCAGAGAUAAUUGUAAAUGACGACUGUAGUAUACCGAUCAAGGAACAAGGAGUCGCCGGUAAACGUGGAUUAACUGGAUUAUUAUUUGUCAUAAAAAUAGCUGGAGCACUGGUUGAAAGAGGAUUACCUCUUGAAGAAAUACAUGACGUUGCCCAAAAUGUUUUGAAAAAUAUGGCUACGUAUGCGGUAGGAUUGACCGCGUGUGCUAUACCUGGUCAACCUCCAAUGUUUGAGAUUGCUGAAGAUGAAAUAGAGUGUGGAAUGGGGGUACACGGGGAAGCUGGAUACGAAAAAGCAAAAUUAAGCACGUGCAGUGAAGUGAUUUCACUUAUGUUGAAACACCUAUGCAAUGCAUUAUCGUUAACUAGCGGAGAUUCCGUUGCAGCGAUUAUUAACAAUUUUGGCGCGUUGAGUCAACUGGAACAAGGGAUUGUUGUUCAUGAUUUAAUAAACCAACUCGGGAAUAUGAACAUUCGAGUUGAACGUGUAUACUCGGGUGUUUUAAUGACCUCAUUAAACAGUGCUGGGAUUCAUAUCACCCUUCUUAAGUUGCCUGAAAACUAUAAAGACUUGUUCAUUGAGUGUCUGGAUAGUCCAACCAAUGCACCAAAAUGGCCAGGUUGUGCUUAUAGCAUCCCAUCGAAAACUAAACGAACAACUACACAGAGCACAAUAACACGAUGUGUAAAACAAGUGGGCAUAAAAAUUGAAAAAGAUUUGCAAGAGUUAUUAAAGGAGUGUUUAAAAAGUGCUUGUGAAAAUAUAAUAGAAAAGGAAACUUUUAUCAAUAAUUUGGAUAGAGGAUGCGGUGAUGGUGACUGUGGUUCAACGCUUAAAAGACUUGCUAAUGAUAUUUUACAAAAGUUAGAGAGUUUUUCUUUUUCACAUCCUUCAUCAGUUUUCUCUGAGUUGGCAUACAUAGCUGAAGAACAAAUGGGUGGAACAUCUGGAGCACUCUACUGUUUAUUGUUUACCAGUCUUGCAGCAGAAUUAGUAUUGGCUCAAGAAGGAGAAGAGUGGUCCUUUAUAUUGGCUAAAGCACUUCGCAGUGGCUUAAAUUGUUUAAUAAAAUAUGGAAAAGCCAAACCAGGAGAUAGAUCUAUGAUUGAUGUAAUCAGUACAGUAUGUGAAACUUAUGAAAAUAAAUUAAAUAAUAAAAUAGAUAAUAUUUGCGGUGCAUUAAAAGCUGCUGCUUGGAAAGCAUGUGAGGCAACAAAAAAUAUGACACCGAGAGUAGGACGAGCUAGUUAUGUAAAGCAAACCCAGUAUUUGCAAAAUGUAGAUGCUGGUGCAUACGGAGUUGCCACAUGGAUUAGUGCAAUUACAGAUGCAAUUAAGAAAAUCUAAACUUAAAGUUAUGUAAAGAAUUAAUGACAAUAUAAUUUGUACUCAAUUAGCAGAAGCUAUGUAAUAUAUUUUGUAAUAGUUUGAAAAGUUGUUAUAUAAAUAAAAUUAUUGAUAA